GCUGACAAUCUCUCCCCGCGCACACUCGUGUUCCACCGGUCGUGCGCAGAAGGCUGGCACAUGCGCCCUGCACUUCGCGAAAUUCAAGUGCAUCGUGAGCACUGAUAUUAAUUAACGGCCUUUUUUCCUUGGACACAUUGGAUUUUUAAUCAAGCUGUUAUGACUAACCCAGUGAUAUUUAGGUGUCGUGUGAACAUUGUAGUGAAGUGUGUAGUGGCCGACUCGCUGUGAUAAGACGCGCUUCCACUGCGAAGUCUGUUGGUGUCAUGCGAAGAGAAGAGACUGAAGGGCAGUAGCGGUUUUACAGUGAAGGGACCCCCACACUCAUGGGAGUGUAUGAGGUGCAACCCCAGAACACACCCGGGAUGCAUUGGCAGCACCAUCCUGAGAGGCACCAGAUGCUCGCUGCAGCGUACGAUCCCUCCAGAGACCUGAGCCCCAACCUGCCCACGACCUGCCACGACUCCGGUGGGUCCAUGUCCAGCGCCUCCAGCAGUGGGCUGACCAGCUGCUGCAGCUUCAAGACUGAACCGGAGUCCUACGAACACCUGACGGGUCUCUCGCAUAACUGCCGGGACUGCGGCCAUUUCGAGGGUCCUCGCCCCGUGGAGGAGGAGUUCUGCAGGAAGAGCUGCCAGCAAGAGGAGUACCGUGAGAGACAGUAUCAACCCGUCGAGCCCAAGCAGGAGCCUCCGCAGGUCGUCCCUCCCGAGGACGAAGACGUCUCGUGCGCCGGUUGCGGUAGGAGGAUAAACGACCGCUUUUACCUCUUCGCGGUGGAGAGGCGGUGGCACUCUUCGUGCUUGCAGUGUUCCCACUGUCGUAGAGGCUUGGACGGGGAGAUCACCUGUUUCGCUAGGGACGGCAACAUCUACUGCAAGAAGGACUACUAUCGAAUGUUCGCGAUGAGGCGAUGUGGCCGGUGUCAAGCAGCCAUCUUGGCCUCGGAGCUGGUGAUGCGAGCGAGAGAGAUGGUCUUCCACGUGCACUGCUUCACCUGCGUCGUCUGCCAGACCGCCCUCACCAAGGGAGACACUUUCGGGAUGCGAGACGGCGCGGUGUUCUGCCGCCUCCACUAUCAGGAGUUGCCGCCCGCGCCGCCUCCCGACGAACGGUUGCCGUUUCCCGUCAACCCCACCGAUCUGCAUUACCACCCGCGGCUCGGCCCUCAUUCCACUCCGCCCCUGCCCGCCACUCCGCCCGACCAGGUCAAAGUGGCCAACUCCUUCUUCAACGGCACUCCCACGCCCAGGCAGAAGGGUCGGCCCAGGAAGAGGAAACCCAAGGAUCUGGAGUCGAUGACCGCUAACCUAGGUGAGUACUACUUGAACGCGGAAGCCUACCUGGAUGUGGCAUUUGGUCCGGGGACGCCAGGGAUGGGAGGGGCCAACGGAAGUCACCACCAGAGGACGAAGAGGAUGAGGACGUCCUUCAAGCACCAUCAGCUGAGGACGAUGAAAUCGUAUUUCGCCAUCAACCACAACCCGGAUGCCAAGGACCUCAAGCAACUCUCCCAAAAGACUGGCCUUCCCAAGAGGGUUCUACAGGUGUGGUUCCAGAACGCUCGGGCCAAGUGGCGUCGGAUGAUGCUGAAGCAGGAGUCCGGGGGCGGCAAAGCCGGAGACAAGUGCGGCGACGGGGGCGGCAGCUCGCUGGAGGCGGCGUACCACCUGCCCCCGCACGGCAGCCCCCAGCACUAUCUCAGUCCCUCGCCGCUAGAGUGCAGCUCCUAAUACGUCUCAGCGUCGAGGGUGUUCGGUCCGGUCCAGUGAGGUGUAGGACUGAGCGCGUGCCAGGAGGAUAGAUAGUCCGCAACGUCGCUUCCAGGAUUUACACAUUAAACAUUUCAAUCCUCUCUCUGAAUAGUCAACAAUUUAUUUACACCUCAUUUAGUUGUCUUAUAAAUUAAUUUUAGGCACGGUUUAUGCCAAACAGUGUCAUCCAAUGUAAUUUUAAAGUAAUUUAAUGAUACAUUUAUAGUAAAUUAUUUGUAUUUGAAAGGGAGAGACUCGAAUAAAAUAAAUGUAUAGUAGUAGAUGUAUGUAGAAGUUGAAAAAAAAUCUUAGAAUACGAUUUGUAGUUACAAUGUUAAAAUCAUGAAUGGAAAAGUGGUUGAAGUGAACUUGUGGUUUAUUAAUUGUUAUUUUUGAUUUUUGUCAUAUUGCCUAUAAUGCCCUAUUGCUGAUCAAUAUUGCUGAAAAUAAAUCUCCGUGGAGAAAUGAAGUACGGCGUGAGGUGUGGGACCCGAAGUGACAAUGUAGUCUCCUGGCUGCAGUGUGCGGACAGCUACUGAGUCAUAUAUCGAGUAGACCUACCGUGUAAUAAAGGGUGGUGCGGGGGCGGGUGUGGGAACUAAUGAGGGCGAGUGUGCGGAAGUAAGAACACGGUGGGCGGACACUAGACUAGCGUGCUCACUCUGCACACUCACACUACCCGUAAAUAAUGUCACUUAGUGCGCGAAUAUUGCGGGCUUUGUUUAUAACGUCGUGACACCAGAGCGGUGCACGGCCGUGGCUGUGCGGCUGGCUGCGGCGGAGGUCUAAAUCACCGCUCCAGCGACUCCAGCCACUCCAGCUCGCCGGACUACCUGCCGCUGCAGCUUCCAGGAUACCUUCCGAGCUACAAUGGUUUCCACCCAAUAACGAAAUCCAUAAAUAAUAAGAUUGUUUCUAAGCGAUUUCAAUUCGGAAAAUAGGCUAUUAUAUGAGCCUAUGUUACCGGUUCACAUAAUCUCGUUUAAAACCGAGCGAUUCUGUUUUGUUGUUUUAGUAUUCAUAUACAUUUCACUAAAUUUUCUAUCGUAUAUAUAAUUGCUAUUUACGCUUUACAAAACGACUGCUUUAGUAUUGAUACUAGAAUCGACUGCCACGAAAGAAUUUGGAAGGAUUUAUGUUCUUGGCAAUUUUGGUAACUAAUCCACUUCAACCAUUUUUACAUAUACAAAAUAUAAGUUGCUUGCUAAACAUUGUUUUGGACUAUAAUUGUAUAGUUAAUCAUAGCCAAAGUUGUUACUAACUUUAUUUUCGUCUGCCGAAAUCAAAACUGUCAUCGAUUGCUCGAGACACAAAUUGCACCCGUUAGGGUAUCCCAGGACUUCCUCCAUUAUUGUAACGUGUUAGGGAUUACGCUAGGAUGGUGAUCAAAGCAGCUUUGCUGUAGACGAGCACAAGACAAAACUGCUUCCGUAACCAAAAGUUCCAGCUUUCCACACGGUUGGUUUGAAACUCAGCAAUCGACUUCAUCCACAAAGUUUUGAUUUCCGCAGACGAAUCUGCAGCUUUGUUGUAAUCUAAAGUGGCAUGUUGGCAAGUUAAACUGAUUAUUGUAAUUUUCAGUCUUAUUCCAUAUUUCAAAAACUGAACCCAGUAGUCUAUAAGUGAAAUAACGUUGGAAUUGUGAGUGGUCAAACGUAAUUGUAAAACUAUAAAUGUAUCCUCUGUACACAGCAAUCCUCUUUGUCUUCGUUAUUAAAAUGUAGGAAUGUGACCCGGACUUGCCCGAACAUCGACGAACGUUGCCGACGACUUCCACCCACAGACGAUCCUGAGUGGCCGAGAACCGACUUCACCGAGGAGACGCUCACAUCGAUACCGACUUCUGUACAUAGAUACGGCGUAGUUUCGUAGAACUGAUGUACACAGAUUAACUUAUUUAUUGACCUAGAAUAUGUUUAGUAUCCAUAACGAACAGCUGAAGGCACUGAUACCUUCCUCGUUCGUGUACAUAACGACUACUGUAAAUACCUUAACGGUUUUAUUUAAUUGUACGAAAGACAGCGAUACUUCCUUUAUAAAUUUAGCUGAACAGUCCUGAGCUAGAUCACAGGUAGACUAAUGACAACGGUUUCAUUAUUCUGUGGUUAGAUUAUGUGGCUUUAGGCCGCCCUGCACCAGUAACGCGUUACUAUGUCGAGUACACCGUUCAGUUCUAGGUGAGAGUAAAUACUAAUUAGUGACUUGUAAAAUUCAUCAAAACAGAAAACUGUAUGUAUAAUUUUAUUGUUUCAUGUGAUUUUGUUGGUUUUGUUAUCUUUUGUUUUUCUUUGUUUCGAACAAAGACGCAAUACGGGACAACGAAGCAAUCUGUGUGUUUGUUGCAAGGGAAGUAUAUUAUUGUACGUAUUAUACUGCAUUGUAAAAUAAUAACUUAUACGACGGUCGCAUUGUAAAUAUACGUAACAUUAGGCCUGUAUUUGUACAUUUAAAGGCAAUGUGAUGUAUUGUUGUGAAAUUGUCCAAGGCCAAAGUAGUGUCAGAGAUACGAAUUACAAUACAAUAAUACAACAGUUUAGUUGUAUACAAUAUUAAUAUGGAAAUAUACAAUGUCAAAAUACAUUAGUAGCCUAAACUGUAAUUCAUGUUGAUAUUGAAAAUGUUGAAUAAAACUCUCUGACGACAACAAGAGUAAUUGUGUACAUUUCCUCUAUUGGUGAAACCCACACUAGUACGUUAUUGUUUAGAGUACCAGCAUGUAGUGGGAUAAUAUAUUAAGUUGUUUCCGAACCUUUUAUAACGCCGCCUGAAGAACAAUAGUGCACCGAGUGUGCAGCUGCGCCCAUUGUUGGCCGUAAAAACAAUGGGCUACAAAGAAAACGGCAAGAAAUGAAUAAACUAUGUAAAUCAGAGAGAACUUGUUUUGUCAGAGUUUCUUUUUUGUUUUGAGGCUCGAGAUCGGCCUUAUCGUCGCUCUUUGGCCCUGGACAUGCUUCGUGUGAUAAGGAUGUGUAAUGUCCGACUGUGUCCCUCUCGGUGCAGCACAUCGAGUAUUUGUACUUGUAACAUAUAGAUGAAAUAUAAGCUGCGACACCGUUA